AUGAAUAACGUCGUCCCAGUACUCGGGAUCGCCUGCAACAUGCUUCCCAAUUCAAUACCAACUCUUUCAUCGUCAUUAACAACCCCUCUUGCAGUCAUCAUCACCAUUAUCCUCUUCUUCUUCGCCAAGUUUAUUAGAAACAAACCUCCAUGCCAACAUCCACUGCCACCGGGUCCAACCCCUUUACCGUUCAUCGGAUGCUUCAUCCAAAUGCUCUUAAAUCGUCCAACUUUCCGUUGGAUCCAUAAACUCAUGACCCAGUUCAAGACCCCGAUCCUUUGCAUCCGGUUAGGACCAUCUACGCAUGUUAUUGCAGUCUCCUGUCCAAACCUAGCAUGUGAGUUCUUGAAAAAGCAAGAUGAAGUAUUUUCUUCAAGGCCUGUCAUACUAUCAGCUGAUCUGGUCAUCCUAUCAUCAUCAACACACAAAUGGCUCCAACCCAAAAGAGACGAAGAAGCCAAUCACUUGCUUAGGUAUAUUUGCAAUCAAAUAGAGAAACAAGAUACCACAACCAAUGGAGGGUUAGUAAAUAUUCGACUCACGACCCAACAUUUUUGUGGAAACUUGAUAAGAAAGAUGGUUUUUGGGAAAAGGUUCUUUGGGGACGGAAUGCAAGAUGGAGGGCCAGGUGAAGAAGAAACUGAGCAUGUCACGUCUGUUUUAAUCUUGCUCAAGUAUCUUUACGCAUUUUCCAUCACUGACUAUUUCCCAUGGUUGGGAGGGAAGACAGAUUUUGAUGGCCAUGAAAAGAUCUUGAAGACUGCCAUCCAAAGAGUUCGUAAGUAUCAAGAUCCAUUGAUCGAUGAACGAAUUCAAAUGUGGAAUGAAGGAGUGAGAAAGGUAGACAAUGAUUUGCUUGAUGUUCUUAUCAACCAUGGAAAACCUAAGCUCACAUCAGAAGAGAUCAAAGCCCAGAUUAUAGAACUAAUGAUAGCCACGAUUGAUAAUCCCUCCAAUGCAAUAGAGUGGGCGAUGGCUGAGAUGCUCAACGAACCAACAAUCCUAAAGAGAGCAAUCGCGGAACUCGACCAUGAGGUAGGUCGCCAACGUCUGGUCGAAGAGCGAGACCUUCACAAACUCAAUUACAUAAAAGCAUGCAUCAAGGAGGCCUUCAGGCUUCAUCCUUUCUUACCUUUCAAUCCACCACAUGUUUCAAUCAUGAAUACAACUGUUGCUGGCUACUUCAUACCGAAGGGUAGUCAUGUCUUGCUUAGUCGUCCUGGGCUUGGAAGGAAUCCAAAUGUGUGGAAAGAUGCGUUAAAGUUUGACCCUGAUCGACAUCUUGAUGAAGAAGGAAAGCAAGUGGUUCUAUCAGAUAAUGAGAUGAGGAUGGUUUCGUUUAGCACUGGGAGACGUGGGUGUCCAGGAGUGGUGUUGGGGUCAACAAUUACGACGAUGAUGUUAGCAAGAAUGCUUCAAGCGUUCACCUGGGAGGUGCCACAUAAUGAGUCGGGGAUUAAGCUUGUGGAAAAUCAAGAUGACCUCAGCUUGGCGAAGCCACUUUUAGUGGUUGCUAUCCCACGGCUACAUCAAUCUCUCUACCCAAAAUUUUGAAUGGAAUAAAAAUUUCUUUCUAUUUUCGAUGGUUAAAGUAUAAAGUAAUGUUUUUAAAUUGACAAAGUAGAUAUGUUGAUGAUUUAAAAUAAAAAUAUGUUUUUGUUUUGAAUUAAAAAUGAAAAUAUAUUGUUUGUGUUUUAACGGUUUGGAAAUAAAUCCACAUCCACUAAAAAGAAUUAUAAACGUUUAUAAUUUCGUUGAAUAUUCAUCUAUGAGUUGAACAGAAUGGGGCUCAACGAUUGUGACCGGUGCCCUUUAAUUAAUAUAUAUAGUUUUUUUUUAUAAUUUACAAUACUUUUUUU